AGAUCGGAAUUGGCCGUCGUUGGUUGUUCGUAACGCGUCGUCGUUGCUCCGUUGUCAGAAAGUUGACGUUAUCGUUGUCGUCGUCGCAGUCGCAGUCGCAGUCGCCGUUGCCGUUCAGCUUUCAAUUCCAAUUCAGUUAGUCGAUCGGAGCAGCAGCAGCAACAACAUGCACUGAAGCCUUUUUUUUACAUCUUUUCAUUACGUUUCGUUUCGUUUCGGUUUCUGUUUCUGUUUGGGCUUCGGUUUUCCGUGUUCGUUCUGUGUGUUCCUGUGCGUGUGCUAAGAGAGUGUUUAUCUCUCCAUGUUUAAGUCAAACAAAUGCAUAAAAUAAAUUAAGAGAAAAAAAAGUUUUAUCCUCUCGCUUCGUUGUUGUUGUCGCUUGUGUAAGGCGUCGCAGCUGAUUUUAAAUCAAAUAUUUAAUAGCGAUCAACUCGUCUAACAACCCACCCGCCAACCACCAAACAACAAGCCAACCGUUCAGUCAGACAGCCAGCAAGACUCCCCUCCUCCAUCCUGAAAUCCAACAACGAGAUUCUUCGUCAAGUUGCCGAUUCGCCGAUUCGCUGCUUUUGGCCAGCGAAUUAUGAAAUGUGCGCAAAAUUCACAAAAGAUGCCAGCAAAAUAAGCAAAACGGGUUUUAAUGAAAUUCUUCGCUUCAAUUAAUGAAGAAACGCUUUACAUUUACUAAAAGAAAAUAAGAAACUACGAGAAAAAAAUCAAAAACUUAAUCCAUAGUAAAAAUAGCAACAAAAUACGGCUAAAAAAAGGGCAACCAAAAAUAUCACAAAAAGGUGAUAAUGAUUAUUUCCAAGGAUCUUUUCAUAUUUGGCGAACAAAUUUUUGCAACAAUUAUACCAGAAGGUGGAGCCGCUCUCGGAACGCAGCAACAGCAACUACAGCAGCAACAGCCGGCAAUUAUAAAUACAACAACAGCAACUCUAAAGGCAACAGCAACAGGAGCAGCAGCUGAACAAGUUGUUGAGGAGUCAUUAAAAGCCGCAGCAGCAACAGCAACACCAACCACAUUGGCCAUAGCUCUGCCAGCAACAGCAGUACAACAACAGCAACAACUGCCAGCAGCAGUUAAUACUAAAACGUCGUCAUCGUCGUCGUCGUCAUCAUCAUCAGCAUCAGCAUCGUUGUUGACUAAACAGGAAACAGUUGCAGUUGUAGCUGCUGCCAACGGCAACAUCAACAGCAACAACAACAACUACAAUAGCAGCGUCGGCAAAACAACAGCAAAAAUUCAAAAAAUUCCAAAGGCAGCUGAAGAAUUAAAAGCCAAGAAGCAAAAGGCAAAGUGUGAAUCGUUCAAGUCCCAGACACAUUACGAAAAAAUGUUGGUGGUGGAAAGUGUUCAAAGGCAGGAGGAGGCCAAAACCAAAACUAAAGUUAACGUCAACGCCAACGCGAACAACAUUGACAACAACAACGACAACAACGCCAACAAUUCAGACAACGAAUCAUUAGCAAUGGAACAGGUACCGUUGGUUGGCGGUAGCCGACGUAAUCUGGCCAAAAUUGUUACCGAUUGUCGCCUACAAAUCGAAGUGCAGCCAAUUGCAGCAGCCACAGCAACAGCAGCAGCAGCAAUCGGUGUAACAGCAACAACAGCAACUUGCAGCUCUUCAGCAGCUUCAACAACAUCAUCGUCGUCAUCAUCAUCGUCGUCGUCAUCAUCUUCGACAUCCUCAGACUUUACGCACACAUCACAAACAACAUUACCAAGUUCGGAUAAUCUGUCUUCGGCCAAUCUGAACAAAACUUGCAUUUUGGUUGAUACCAAAAGUGCGUCUCAAACGUCUUCGUUAACAUUUCCCACACAAGCAAUUGCAAUGCCAAGCCAUCACAUACAACAACAACAGCAGAAGCAACAUCAGCUACAACAACAACAACAACAGCCCACUUUAAAGCUGACAUUUCAGAACUUAAACGUGUUGCACAACGAACGCAAAAUACUUUCCGAUGUGAGUGGAUUAGUCAGUCCGGGCGAAGUGCUGGCCAUUAUGGGACCCUCGGGUAGCGGCAAAACAACACUGUUAGACUGCUUGAGUGGCCAGCGGCACUUUGAUAGCGGUGGCGUUUAUCUCAAUCGAGAGCCACUCUCCAAGCGUUGGCGCCGCAAAAUUGGCUACGUGCUGCAGGAGGAGAUCUUCUUUACACAGCUGACGCUGCGCGAAACGGUUCUCUACACGGCGCUGUUGCGUCUGCCCGAGUCAAUGGCGCGUGCGGAGAAAUUGCGUCUGGUGGAUCACAUACUGGAGACAUUGGAGCUCACCUGCUGUCAGCAGACCAAGUUCGGAGAUUACCUGAAUCGCGGUCUCUCUGGCGGGGAAAAGAAGCGCGCCAACAUCGCCUGCGAACUGCUGACCAAUCCUCUCCUUAUGCUUCUUGAUGAGCCAACUUCUGGUCUGGACAGUCACUCGGCCAUAUCGUUGAUGAAGGUGCUCAAGCGUUAUGCUCAGCUGGAGCAGAAGACAAUUGUGAUAAGCGUACACCAGCCGUCUUCGCAAAUGUUCCACAUGUUUGACAAGCUGUUGUUGUUGCAUCAGGGACGCACCGCCUAUUUUGGGGAGGUGCACAAUAUCUAUCGGCACUUUGAGGAUAUUGGUGUUACCAUCAAGCCCCACUAUAAUCCCGCUGACUUUGUGUUGGAACAACUAAAAUCACAUCCGGAUAUACGGGAAAAGCUGUUCAUCGCCGCCAGGGAGUCCCAUGGCAACUAUUUAAAUCGUAAUUGCAUUAGCAGUCAUCAGAGUUGCCAAGACAAAGCGUCGAAGAAGCAGCAUGACAGCAUUCUAAUAAACGAUAUCAUCAACAAUUAUUAUAAUCAACGGCAUCAUCAUCACAAUCAUCAUCGUCAUCAUCACGAUGAGCAUCAUCAUCAAUAUGCAAAUUUACAUCACCCUGCGAAUGAUUGUGAGACCGAUGAGGAGGCUGCUCAACAUUUAGUUUGGUGCGGCGCCGAUUCCCAAUCAAAUUUCAGUUCCUGUGCCUCCAGUGAUUGCCAAUCCUACAGUGUUGGCAAAAAUUGUGCUAAUGAUGAUGAAUGGCUUUCGUAUCCGACACGUUUCCAUACACAAUUUAGUGUGUUAUCCAGCCGUAACUUCAAGGAGGCCAAGCCACGCAUGUUGUCCAAAUUGAAUUGGUUUCAAACAAUUGGCCUGGCUCUGAUGGCGGGCGCCAUUUGGUUUCAGCUGCCACGCACCGAGGAAUUCCUGCAUGAUCUACAGGGCUGGAUGUUUUUUUCGCAGACCUACUGGAUGCUCUUUGCACUAUUCGGUGCGCUCAAUUCAUUCCCCUCGGAGCGUGAGGUCAUCAGCAAGGAGCGUCGAUCGGGCGCCUAUCGUUUGUCUGCCUAUUAUCUGGCCAAAAUGUGUGCGGAGCUGCCUCUGGUGAUAACUUUACCCACUGUCUACCUCAUGAUUAGCUAUCCCAUGCUAGGCUGUAGCAGCUUAAAGCUCUUCUUUUUGAUGUUGAUAUUUUUGCUGCUAAAUACAAUUGUGGCACAGAGCGUUGGCUUCUUCAUUGGCGCUUGUUGCAUGGAUAUGAAUGUGAGCAUUACACUGAGUGCACUCUAUACGCUUGCCACACAGCUCUUUGGCGGUUAUCUUUCGUCACGCAUUCCGGAAGGUCUCAGCUGGAUAAGGUAUACAUCGAUGAUACACUAUGCAUACCAGAAUAUGCAAAUACUUGAGUUUCGCGAGGGACCAGCUAUUAGCUGCGGAUCCCCGAGCAGCUAUGAGAUAUGCAAACAGCAGACAACCGAAUUCAUUCCAUAUGAGGAAAUACUCAAAGCACAAAACUCCACAUCACCACUCUGGCUGAAUACGCUAAUACUGAUGAUGUUCUUUCUGGUAUUUCGCGGACUGGGCUAUGCGGUGCUGCGUUAUCUGCGGUGCCCCAAAAAGACGUGAUACAGUUGACAACGAACCAGUGAUACGUAAUUAGUAACAAGUGUAAUCCUAUAUCAUAUAUGAUAUAUAUCAAAUCCUAAUCUAUUUGUUGAACAAACUACAAACGUGCGCCAAUUUUUGUGAUUCAAAUUUCAAGCCACAUCAAUUAGUAAUUACUUUUAAAUAUUAUAAAAUAUUUAGCUUAUUUAUAUAUUAAUCCUCUUAAUCUAUCAUAUGUAUGUACAUUUACAUGGCAAAAGGCAGGCACUAUAUCCAAAAUUUUGUUUGUUGCAUUUUGUGAACAGCAAUUUUUGUUUUGUUUUAUGCAUUUUAAUUGUUAGCCAUUUAUCCUAAAUCUUAUUAUUAUUAUUAAUAAUAUAAACAUUAUUAUCAUUAUUAUGUUGCUGCUAAAGAGAAAUAUUUGUUUUGCUUAUGCGAAAAUAAUGUUUUAAUUUACGUUUUAAACCCAAAAGUAAUGCAAGUUAACAGCCCAUAUUAUUAUUAUUACGUACAUCAUAUAUAUAUCGCACAUUUCUGUACUAUAUAUAUAUAUACAUAUAAAAUUCUAAAAAGUUUUGUAGAUUUUUUCACUUGGGAAAAAAACACUGUGAUUUAGUAUGCUAGUUUUUUAAUUAGUUUUAAGAUGGCUGCAUAAGUGAUGUUUGCUAGAAAACCAUGUAAAACAUUAAAAAAUUGUAUGAACAUAUACAAAAUGUGUAUUAUGUUUACAUUUACUAAUAACAUGUAAUUAAAUUUAUUUAAACAUUCAUGAAAAAUAA